UUCGUCUGCAAGUGUAUAAGAUAACUGUACGAUACGUUAUCUAAAAUACGAUAAAGACAUAUGGGACAGCUGUGUAGCAGUAAAUGCUCCAACAUUCACACAAUGGUGAGCGUUGGCUUGAGUGAAACUACCUGACAACGUUAGUCCAAACAAGAUGCAUAGCAUGGCAUUCCAUGGCGGCCUCACGGAAACUGUUCUGUUCCGUGGCUGGAGCAUCAAUGAUGCACAAGGAAUGGUCGGUUCCGUGAUCGGUGUUAUUCUUCUAUCCGCCUUGUACGAGGGCCUGAAGUCUUAUCGCGACUACCUUUACGUGCGUACGGCGUGUAUCAAGAGGAAGCAGAAAAAAUCGAGACAUUCACUGCUGUUCUCCGGAAUUCAUCUCUUUCAAACGCUCCUGCACGUGAUCCAGGUUGUGCUCGGCUAUUUUCUCAUGUUUAUUUUUAUGACGUACAACUAUUGGCUCUGCAUCGCUAUCGGUGUCGGGACAGCUCUCGGAUAUUGGUUAUUCGCGUGGGAAAAAUCUAAUAACGAAAAUACGGAAUGUUGCUCGGUACGUGAAUCGUUGGAUCGCCAUUCAUCGUCGAUCAGCGAUAUAAGAGUUAAAUACAUGAUGGCGGACAGUCGGAGUUGUGCAACGAUUUGUUCCUCAAAAUCUAACAAUCCUAUACGACAAUAUAGUUCAGUUCGCCAAAUUAUUCUCGGAUGGAACAUGUUCAGUAUCGUAACGUGGUUCUUGCUACUCGCACUCUUCUGUAUCUGGUGUUUGACGUUCUUUUUUAUCUAUACACCAAAACCGGAGGAUGAUCAUAUGGGACAUUAAGAUGAAAAAUGCGCACCAAUAAGAUCGUUCACGUCGUUAUUAAGAGAUGGAGAAAAACAUAUAAUUGGAUAGAUAUCAAAACCGAAUCAUUGGACUAUCUAACAAGCGUAUUUGUGCUGAUUUAUCAAAUUUUGAAGACAACGAUUAACAAUCGACCAGAAGAUAUUGUUUUUGCAAAUUAUUAAGAUAGCAAUUUAAUCGUUUCGUCGACGAAAGAAUAUUCGUCGUUGUGCGAUAAAGUUGUUUCAUUAAAAAUUACGUCAAGAGAAAGCGAUUUGUGAUAAAUCUGUAAAGAGAAAAUGUUUCACAUAUAUCUUUUGUACUUAGUAAAUAAUAAACAAUAAAAAUGAAGAUUUUAACCUUGAUAAA